UCCAGCUCACAGUCACUCUAUUCCGAGCGAAGCGAUCAAUGAUAUCGCCAACAGGACGCAGUGUACUCCGAUAAGGACGUGAAUUGCCUGGCGAAGCUCAAAACGCACUGCGACACGCUCAAUCUGCCCUACGACGUCCUGAUUCAGGGCAGUGCAGGCCGCAGAUUCGUGCGUGAAGUGCGUGAUCUCACGCCCGAUCAGAAGGACUUCUACCACACGAACGAGAGACGAGGACGCAGUGUGUACAACAUCCACUCGCCAAACCCGUGGCGCAGUGGCAAGGAGGAGCCCAUGGCCUUCGAAGACACUCUCGUGGGAGCGCCAGGAUUGGCUGGCGAUAUUGGUUCACUGGUGGGCAGGAUAAAGGCCGACGCGGCGAUCCUGAAGCUCAAGCAGAAUCUUCUCAGUCCACUGCCAGUGCUGCCUGGCCAUAGACGCGACAUCCUUAAUGAAGUGCGCGACGAUCUCAAGGACGGAUACGACAGACUGCGCGACAAAGUGCGUGCGAUCCCACUUCACAGGCUUGACGAUGUGGGAGCACUUAAGCUGAAGGCCCUCGCUCCCCGCCGAGAUAAUAUUCUUAAAGAGAAGAUUGAUAAACUCGCUGCUGCUGUGGACACUUCGGCGGACGACACAGUCGUCGAAACGCUGGCCAAGAUUAAGGACUUCAAGCUCAGAGAGCGCCUUUUGCCUUUGCCUUUCUUGUGUGGCACUGAAGAGGUGGACGAACUGGCAGCCGCUUCUCCGCCACCCUUUCCACCUUGGCGACUCUUCAGCUGCGGAAUCAUCUUGCCCAGGUACAGCAAAAGGCUGUCUCGCGUGGGAAAGUCUGGGUUUAGUGGCUUUCCAUCGUCCUCCUUCAAUUGCACACUUCCGCGGGAGGCGCUGCUUCGCGAAAUGUCAUCGUUUGGCAGAUUACGUGGGAAAAAAAUGGGUCCGCAUCCCACCCCUCCGGGCUCCCCUCCUGCAGUGGACUUUGCUGCUUCUGCAGAGGUCUUCGGCAGCCACUCUCGUGGCACAGUUCCAGUUGUGCCUAUCAGCGGCUCACGUCGUUCCAAAGAUCCUCCCGAGAGCCAAGCUUCCAGCAGCAUGCAGACCAGCAAGCACUCGUCUUUCGACGAGAGGGAAUUCAACCAGAUCCUGCAGAAGUGCCAGGACAAGUCGUGCCAGGAGCAGCAGGAUCAGAUCCUUCUGCAGCCUUUCCUCUACAUUUCCCAAAUACCCGGAAAGCAAGUGCGCAGCAAGCUGGCCAUGGCCUUCAAUCAGUGGCUGAAUAUUCCGCAGGAGAAGAUUCAGGAGAUCGGAAAGAUUGUCCAGAUGCUACACAACUCCAGUCUUCUACUCGAUGACAUUGAAGACAACUCGAUCCUGCGUCGCGGCGUGCCAGUGGCACACACGAUCUACGGCGAGGCGUCCACCAUCAACUCUGCCAACUAUGCCAUGUUCAUCGCGCUGGAGAAGGUGCAGGCGCUGGGCCAUCCGGAUGCCACGCGUGUGUACACUGAGCAACUCCUGGAGCUCCAUCGUGGCCAGGGCAUGGAGAUCUACUGGCGUGACAACUUCCACUGCCCCUCGGAGAGUGACUACAAGCAGAUGACGAUCCGCAAGACGGGCGGACUCUUCAUGCUGGCCAUCAGGCUGAUGCAGCUCUUCAGCGAGAACAAGACGGACUUCACGAAGCUCACGGCGCUCCUGGGCUUGUACUUCCAGAUUCGCGACGAUUACUGCAACCUGAUGGAGAAGGAUUAUGCGGACAACAAGAGCUACUGCGAGGAUCUCACUGAGGGCAAGUACAGCUUCCCCAUUAUUCACGCCAUUCAGCAUGAAGGAUCGGACCGUCAAGUGUUCCAAAUCCUACGGCAGAGGACGACGAAUAAGGAAGUGAAGCGGUACUGCGUGGGCGUGAUGGAGAAAUUGGGCAGUUUCACUUACACACGGCAAGUGCUUGAGUCAUUGGACAGGGAGGCUCGCGUCGAGACGCUGAAGCACGGGAGCAAUCCCAUCAUGGAGAAUCUCCUGAAUGAGUUGCAAACAUGGAAGCAUUAAGGCUUCGUUUUACGGAUUUUAAUUUCACUCUAGAGUAAUUCAAUUUUAUCGCGAUUAUUGAUUUUUUUAUAGAUAUUUUAGAUUGUGUUUUUUUUUUUACUUUUGCUUAGGUGAAAGUUUACGUAUAUUAUGUAUAUUUGAUAACGGGUCACACUUUUUCUGUAGGUAUGAUUCUUUCAGCUUGCAUGAAAUAAAUAAUUGUGCUUCUCCUAAAUACUUAUCCUAGUCAAUCGUAACUCACAUGCAUGAGAUGACGAUUAGAGCGUUUCGCAGUAGCUUCUGAAGCGCUUAAUCAAAGAGAAGCUGUUUCUGUAGCUCUCUUUCUCUCUCUUUCUUUGGAUAAAUUUAGAGAGAAUCCCUCGCAGAAGUUCUAUGUCUUGUGUAAAAUCUUGUGAUCGACAAUAAUAUCAAUGAACUUUUAAUUAUUCCUAUAGAUUAUAAUGAGUAAAUAUGAAAUAUCGUCAAUAAAAAAAAAGUAUUAAGAAAUUCGUCUUGAUAAAAUUAUUGAAUUUCUGGGAAUUAUAUCACUUUUAUGCGGAUUUCCUUGCAAUAAGGCAAUUUUAAUAUCCAGAACAAUGUGCCUAUUUGAGUGACGAAGGAACACUUUUAGGCCACUUGCGAUUUUUUGUAGGUGUUGUUCUUUGUUAGGCUUUUAGAAUUAGACAACGAAACGAGUGUAUUUCAAAGCAUCUCUUUCUUAAUUUGUUGUGAGGUGAAUGGAUUUAAGUUUAGGUGGUUGAAUGAAAUAAAAAAUGUACCAUUGCUGCAAAGUGUAAUUCAGUAUUAGGAAUUUCCUUGCAUAUCAUUGAGUAGGAAAGAUACUAUAAAAAAGUGGUUUGACAAUAAAGAUUCUGUGAAAGUGAAUAACUUUUCCCCUUGUUUCCUUCUGUGACUCACUUGCUUUACUCAUCUGAAGGUGUCUAAACGAGAAUUUUGACUCUAAUAAAACACCGUCACAUAACCAGAUGUUCUUUAUUGUGACUAGUAAAAGAUUAUCUUAACAAAAAAAUUGUCUCAUUACAUUAAAGUCAAGGAAGUUAUUAAGAUUUUUUUUUCUUUAAUAUAAAAGGGAGAUUUGUUCACAAUACAGCAAUAUAUACGGUUUUCUAUUGAGUUUUCCUUCCGUCUGUGAUAUUGGAUAGAUUUUACAUUGCGCUAUUAGAUUUUUUCCAUUUACUGUGUGACAAAUGAGAAAUAACAUUUUUCCGUUGAUAUAUUUUUCACUCCCCUCAAUUAAUUUCAUGUGUCUUUUCCGUUGCCUAAAAGGACAUUAAAUCUCUCACUAUAUAUUCGUCUUAAGUCACUUUUCGUAUAAUUUAAAUUUGGAUAUUUAUCAUCAUUCAAUUGGUUACACGAGUGCUCCUCAAAUCUCAUCUUUAUAAAACGUUACAUUUCAACACAUAUAAGAUAAUAUGUACUUCUAAUAUUAUAUUACUAUAUAUUGUUUUCUACAUUUCGAAAUAUAUAUUUUUCACACAA